AUGGGUAUAAAGAAUAGAUUUUUAUUUAUUUACAAUGCCAUAUCCUGUGCAUUGUGGGUAUGUGUGUUGUAUGUUUCGUUAGAGUUUGCUUUAUAUAAAGAUAAAUACCCUAUUACCAAAUUCUGGGUCCAACAUAAAAAUCUAAUAUCAAUAACUCAGACAUUAGCCAUUUUUGAUGUAUUAUCAUCACUUUUCGGUUUAAUAAGAUCGGAUUUUAAAAUAGUAGUGACUCAAAUAUUCAGCCGUUUUUUUAUUGUUCAUUUAAUUUUUAACUAUUUACCAAACAAUAAUAAAUGGAUAUUGUCUUGUUUAAUUUCAUGGGCAAUUAUAGAUAUAAUUCGCUAUCUUAUAUAUUCACUCAAUUCACUAAAUAUAAGAAUUGGAAUAUUAGUAUCCUUACGAAAUAAACUUCCAUUGAUACUAUACCCAAUAGGAAUUGUAUCUGAAGUUGUAUGUACACUGACUAGUCUAAAAAAUAUUCAAGCAACUCCUUUUUUAAGAUCAUUUCCAUAUGCAAUGCCCAAUAAUUUGAAUUUUCAAAUUGAUAUUUACUAUUUUUGUAUUUUUGUUUUGUUCCUCUACAUUCCCGGAAGCAUAUUUAUUUAUGCAGCGGCUGUUAGAAAAAGCAGAGGAAAAAACACAAAUGAAAAAAAGAUGGACUGA